AAAACAAAAUGCACUUGCAAAGGUGGAUUAAAAUGAACUGAAAAUAGUUCUUAUAUAUUUCUAAUAAAUUUGAGAAAGAGUUACAUAAUUUUAAGAUUGGAUAAGACAAAAUUACAGUGAUGUCAGAUUCUUGGUUUCCCGAUGAUACGUACCGCGAGUUCUUCCAACUAGUGGUACGUUGCAGGAUGUGCAGCUGCCAACACAAGAUCCACUGGAGCGUGGUGGCCAUCCUCGUCAACGUAGUCAGCAUCGUGUUAUACACGGUGGGCGUGGCCACACACUUUUGGGCGGUGAAAACGGAGGGCGGCUUCACUACGCACACAGGACUGUUCAUGGCCUGCCCGACCUUGAAUGACACGUGCUAUGACACCCACUACCAUUUUGAUGCCUACAAAUAUGAGAAAGGUCUCAUUAUCGCCAGCGCCGUUUUGAAUGUGUUUGCUCUGAUCGGGUUCUACCUGUUCUUCGCCAUCUCCAUGUUCUUCCUCUGUGGCUUGUACGAGGAGAAGCGACUGGCCACUGGAGCUGUGAUCACGGCAUAUAUAGCAGGCCUUUUCGCCGUGAUAGGUGUGGUGAUGUACGCGGUGAGCAUCAAACGUCUCUCCUACUCCCUAAGCUGGUCAUUCAUUCUCGCCAUUCUCGGCUUCAUCGUCAACUUCGCCGCCGGCAUUCUCAUGUGUGUGGGCCGGAAUAUCAGCAAGCGGGCCGACAAAGAGAUUGAGCAGCCAUCGGGCGAGCGCCAUCCCGUAGAGCAGAUGGAGAUGGGCGACACCACGGAGAAGAAAGUGUGGCGUGAUGACAGCCGGGAAGUGGCGGCGACCAUUCCGCCGAAAAAGAAACGUGGCAUCCUCGCUUCAAAACGUUGACAUCAGCUGUAGCAGCUGGGUCCGACGUGUUGGUGAACAAGAAUAACAGCGUGCUCAAAAUGAAUCUCGAAUUCUCCAGUGUCUCUUCCUCCACCUCCUCUUUCAGGAGAGCCAUGUGUUUAAUGGUUUAAAUCUGAUACACUAGAUCUGUCCUAUAAGUUUACUCAAGUGAUUGGUUUGUGAUAGGACGGGAGGCUGGACCUUGCCCUAAUUUUUCCAAAAUGCUCAACCUUAACAGGGCUAAUAAGUAGCUUAUUUCUAGCUAAAUUACUUCUUAAAAUUGAUUAUGAUCAAUGAAAAACGGUUUAUUGUGAUUAUCAUCAAGAUA